GUAUUUUUAAAUCAAAAAUUUUUGAAAAGUUAAAAAAAAUAUUUUUGAAUAUAAAAAAUAUUGGAAAAUAAUUGGCAUUAGAACGGCGCGCAUAUAUAGAAUUUGAAUCAAAACACAAAUAAUCAAAGCGGUUUUUUCGAUUCGAAAUUUCUGUGCUGAAAUUUUGGCGUAAAACUCCGUAAAAUCCGAAAACUCUACAAUAGCAGCUUCAAACCACCGAUACAAACAAAUAUCAAACCAACAAAAACAACUUACAACGCCGCAAACUAAAUUGUAGUACUUCAAGUAGAACAAUCCUCAGUAAAACCAAAAUAGAGUGUUCGAUAUUUUAAUUUGAAGUACGUCAGCUAAACAGUUAAGACAGGAGAAUCCAUUGCACCAUCAGCUAAAAUAACCGCCGAAACGAGCUGAGUUAAACUUAAGACUCGCAACUACCGCUCACAGUUACACUGCGUAGCCUCAUAACCUAACCCCCACCACCAUCAACAACUGACGCAGUAAAAGUAUAAUAGCCAAAUCAACAGCUACAUCAACAGUUACUCUACGUAGUUAUUGUUAGAACAUUUCAUUGGCCUAAUCCAUAAGCCACAAAACCAGUGUCAACCUACGAAACUUCGUCCACAAAAACAAAUAAAAAAAACAACAAUUUGAGUUCUAUUCUCAAACGUAAGGACAAAUUAACACAACACUGCCAUCGCUAUGUCAUUGACAGCUUCACAGGCCGAACCAGCUGAGGAGGAAAAGCCACGUCCACGCUGGUUCGAGUGGGUCGAAAAGAAUGCGCUACCCAAACAUUUCAAUUUCCCACGACCCAAGCGUGAAGUGACACGCUGGCAGAAGCGUGGUCCAAUGACACGCCGUGAUUGGGUCCGUUUCUAUCGCUGGGCCGUGAAGAAUGCAGCACCACGCGAAAUACCGCCACCACAUUGCAGUGACAAACCAACUACCAAAGCCACUGAUGUUAAGAAAAAGAAGGAGAAAAAAAAGAAAACAUAUACACUCGCAGAAUUGUUGGAACAUGCUGCAAAAAUAAGCGAACCAAGAGAUCCACGUGAAAAGUAUAUCUAUCCACCUCCACCUGAUUACCCGUAUGCGCCAAAAAUAUCGCUCAAAGAACCAGCUAAAAAGGAUCGCGGUCGACCAUUUGCGCCACCCAAAGUACCGAAGUGGUUUCAUCAUCUGGAACUGGAGACGGAAUUCUGGUCGACGCUACGCUUUCCCAUCAUACGUGCCGCGCUCAAUUACAAGCCAACUGCGAACAUGUUACGGCUGGCAUUACCACGUAUGGUGCCACCAUUACGGCAACAUUGUCCGAUACCUGAGCCACCGAUUGAGGAGGUGCCCCCGCGUCGACGUAUGACCUAUCGACAAUGGCGCGAGCAUCUAAGACGUCUUGAGUAUCUUGCGAAGCCUAUAAUACGGCCGUACUACGAUGAUUUGUACGAAUACGUGUACUAGUUCGGACACUCGCUGUUGUGGUGGAACUCAGCUUCUAAUGUGUUUAAUUUGUAAUUAUUAUAAUCGUUAUAUUAGAUAGCUUUUUUUAAUAAUGCUAAAGCGUCAAGUUGUUCAGUGCAACAGUUUAAAAAUAAUGCAAACGUAAAUGAAGAUGAAAAUUAGAUUUGAAAUAAGAAUGGAGAGAAGUAGAAUAGUUUCGCAUUUUAGGAGAAUAGUCGUUAAAGUCGUAUCAUGUCACUAGUAUUGUGGAACUUGUGAGAAGCGGUAAUGGCUUGUAGCGUUGUUCUCAAGUAUACCGCGCUGCUAUUGUCUACACUUUUUACAUUCAGAAUAUUCGUUUUCUUCGAAGUAGUAAAAAUUAUUUCUUGUAAAAAUUCAUCUGAAAAAAUUAUCACUUUGAAAAUAUAUUCGAGAUAUGAAUUCCAGAAAA